UCUCUCUCUCUCUCUCUCUCUCUCUCUCUCUCCCCCCUCAUAGAUCUUCCAUUCUCGUCAACUCCUCUUUUAGCACCGAGAGGGAGGCCGACGAGACGCGGAGAAGUUUCUUUCUUUGUGAGUCGCCAGUAUCACGACAGGGCUUUUUGUUUUUUCCACAUCGCCGAGGCCGCCUAACCCGCCCAGAUGUGUGUCUGACGCCGCUCAAUGGUGUUCCUGACUUAAUACACGAUAUUGGAUUAAUCCCGCUUUUAAGAACGCUGGUUCCGGGAUCGAACUGAAAGUUUGACAAAUUGACGACAUGGUUGACAUUGAUAUGUUGAGCCAAAUGUGGACGACGAUAUUGGUCAAUUUUCAAUUGUGAGAGACAAAAGUAAGAAGGCUUUGACCCAAAAUAAAAUUAAAAUUACGUAAUUAGACGAGAAUCGAAUUUAAAAGGCCAUCACUUACAAACAAACACGAAUACUAUCAAACAAUUUAAAAUUUUUAAAAUGAAAGGAAGCUUACACGGCGUUUAAACGUACGCCGGAAUGGCGGGAACCAACGGUUGAAGCUUCUUCUUCAACCAAGACCUGCAAAAACCAUCAGAUUCUACAAAUGCAGUCGCUGAAAAUACCCAAAAUUCAAGAGAUCGAUGAGGUUCCACUUCUACAAAGAACCCACAAAAACCCUUACCCAAGUCGCCACUAAGCAGAUCCUCAAACUGAACCAAACGCUCGCCAACCUCACGCGCUCGCACCGUUACUCAGAGGCCCUCCAGCUUUUCACCCAAAUCCACUCCUCUCCGUCCGUAGGACCGGACCACUACACGCUCUCAUCUGCCGUCACCGCCUGCGCCAAUUGCCGCGACGUUGCUUUCGGAACCCAACUCCAUGCCCACGCCAUCCGGACUGGCCUUAAAGCCUACCCUCACGUAGCCAACACCCUGCUCUCGCUCUAUGCGAAAGCCGAAGACUUGACUUCUGUGAAAUGGGUCUUCGACGGGAUUGAAAACCCAGAUGUUUAUUCGUGGACCACGCUGUUUUCGGCUUGUACAAAAUUGGGGCAUGUGGAUUAUGCCUGUGAGGUGUUUGAUAAAAUGCCCCAAAAGGGUAGUGUGGCGAUUUGGAAUGCGAUGAUUACCGGGUGUGCGGAGAAUGGGUUUGAUGUGGUUGCUAUUGAUUUUUUUUGUGAAAUGCAUAGGAUGGGUGUUAUGCAUGAUAAUUAUGGUUUUGCUAGUGUUUUGAGUUUGUGUGGUUUGGGGCUCUUAGGUUUUGGGAGGCAGGUGCAUUCUUUAGUGCUUAAAACCGGGUUUUUGGGUAGAAGUUCUGUUGUUAAUGCUCUGAUAACUAUGUAUUUUAACUGCAGAAGUGUUUCGGAGGCAUUUGAUUUAUUUGAAGAAGCGGAAGGUGCAAUAUAUGAUCAGAUUACUUUUAAUGUGAUGAUAGAUGGUUUGGUGAGUGCCGGAAGAGAUAAAGAAGCUUUGGAAAUGUUCAAAUUGAUGCAAGAGGCAUGUCUUAGGCCUACCGAGCUGACUUUUGUAAGUGUCAUGACCUCAUGUUCAACUGCAAGAGUUGCCAACCAUGUACUUGCCCAAGCUGUUAAGUCGGGUUUCGAAACUUUUACUUCUGUGAGCAAUGCAGCAAUAACCAUGUAUUCUGGUUGUGGGGAUUUGCAUGCUGCUUACCAGGUUUUUCAGACAUUGGAGGAGAAGGAUCUCAUAUCAUGGAACACCAUGAUCUCAACUUAUGCUCAAGGGAAUGACAGUAAAUUAGCCAUCUUGGUCUACCAGCAAAUGCAGAGGGCAGGGGUCAAACCAGAUGAGUUUACUUUUGGAAGUUUGUUAGCAAGCUCGGAGUUGAUUGAGAUCGUGCAAAUGGCUCAAGCCCUUGCACACAAAAAUGGGCUUAUCCUUAAGAUCUACGUUUCAAAUGCAUUGGUAUCUGCAUAUGCUAAGCUGGGUCUGAUUGAUCUGGCCUAUCCAGUAUUCGAAGAUAUCGAGUCCAAAAAUUUGAUCUCCUGGAAUGCUAUUGUUUCCGGAUUCCUGUUGAAUGGAUUGGUAAAAGAAGGGCUAGAGCAAUUUUCUAAUCUACUAAUGUCAGAACACAGGCCAGAUGUGUGUACCUUGAGUAUUAUUUUGAGCAUUUGUUCAAGCACAUCAGCCUUGAAAGACGGAAAACAAGUUCAUGGCUACAUUCUCAAAUUUGGGUUUUCGCAUCAGAUGUGCUUAGGCAAUGCCCUCAUCACCAUGUACGCUAAAUGCGGGGUUAUACAUUGGUCCGUAAGAGUUUUCAAUGCAAUGACUCAAAAGGAUACAGUCUCUUGGAAUUCCCUGAUAGCUGCUUAUGCACAGCAUGGGAAAGGAAAUGAAGCUGUGCGCUGUUUUGAGGCAAUGCAAGACGCAUCUGCAGUCAAACCAGACCAGGCCACCUUUACGGCAGUCCUUUCCGCUUGCAGCCAUGCUGGUCUAGUUGUUGAUGGUACCCGAAUUUUCAAUUCCAUGAUUCGUAAUUAUGGCUUUAUACCUGAAGUUGAUCACUUUUCAUGUAUAGUUGACCUUCUAGGUCGUGCUGGGUAUCUUGAUGAGGCGGAAACUGUAAUAAACAGCAAGCAAAUUGAAGCACAUCCAAACAUUUGGUGGACACUAAUCAGUUCUUGUGCAGCACAUGGAAAUUUAAGGCUAGGACGAACAGUUGCUGGGUUUCUCCUUGAAACUGAACAAAAUAAUCCAACAGUUUACGUGCUUCUGGCCAGUAUUUAUGCAGCUGCUGGUCAAUGGGAAGAAGCAGCUAAUGUGAGAGAAUUGAUGAACAGAACUCGGGUUCCGAAGAUUCCUGGAUUGAGUUGGAUUAAGUCAUAAAAACAUGCAGGGUCAACUGGAAACCAAACCAAGCCUCGUUGUGCCAUUCUACAGUACUAAUCAUAGUUGGAAGCCUUACAAGAUUCAUUUAUUUGACACUCAGCACUGCCAUUGAUGAAGUUAAUGCUUCCGUGAUCAACGAAUGAAGACGUAGCAGUAAAAAGGUACCGACUGGUUUAUCUCGACUCUUGACAGCAACAAGUCCGAAGCAUGCCACUGCCUUGCUCUCCCCCAUCAUUUUCUGUAGCUUACUCGGCAGGAGGAGCUCUAUGAUGAGCUGGAAUGGUAGCUGGAAAGAACAUCUGUCUCACUCCUUCAGCCUUGAUGAUGGGAAAUAUUAUACCCGAUGCACUCUGACAAAAAGAAAACGCUCUUUGUUAAGAACCAGAGAAACUGAUUGAAAUCAUGUAUACUACUAUGACGGCCGUAGCAUCUGCUCAGUUGGAAAAUUAGGUAUCUACUAUCUAGCUUAUACGGAAGUUCAUUUAGAAAGCUUUGCCUUGAGAUCCAAGGUACUGGUAAGAACCAACCAAAUGGCUUCACAUUGUGUACAAUUUUGUUCGCAUAAUGAAAUUCCGUUGUUUGAUUAGAAGUCAUCGAUAUCAAAUGAGUCAUUUGUCAUUUUAGGCCAGGAAGAAAAACAUGAUUCAGCAUUCUAUAAUCAUCUAGGAAAAGUUAAGGGGAAAAGAAAAACCCACCAAAAGUAAUCUAGCUCCAAUCCACACGCGUCUCGGUGAAGGAAAUGGUAGUAGCAAACGACCAACACCGUAUA